AUGAUCGAUAACGAGAGCGAUCAAUUAGCCAGCCUCAUAAGCAGCAGUGGUGCAAAGGGCUCCUCGGUGGAGGAUGAGCUGCAGGGUGACUCGGUAAAAGAACAACAACAACAGCAGAAAGAACAGCAACAAACAGACCCAGCUCCCACAGCCCCGGUUGCAGCAGCAGCAGCAGCCACCGUCACUGGCACGACCACAGUGACAACGACCACCGGGAACUCAUCUUCGGGGAUCGUCAACAACAACAACAACACUGACUCACCGAGCGUAAAGAACCGAGGCAACCGAAACAGCAUCAGCAACAACAGCAGCAAUCGUCGGUCCUCCAGCCUAAAGCUUCCCAAUGGCCUGCGACUGAACAUCGACAACAAAAACAGCUCUCAGCUUCGACGACAGCACGAUGAGGCGACACGCAUUGAGAUCAUCGAAGAGCAGCAGCCACUGGUAGGGGCAAACACUGGCUCAGGUGCUUGUAGUGGCCAUCAGCAGAAGGUAGUGUACAGCAACCGAGUCGUCGAUCAGCCAAACAGCAUCGGCUUCAUCUACCCGCCUGCACCUCCCUCCAGCGGUGUCUUCUUCCCUGCGGACAGUUACAUUGAUGACUACAUCACGCCUGAAAUGAACUACAAGGACGGCAUCUCCGGCUCCUCCUGUCGCAAGUCGCCGCCGAUCAUACACACCCACGACAGCGGCGGCGGAGGGGGCGGCGUGUGGGACAAGCACAACAGCCAACAGGAGGCGGACAACAUUAGCCUGUAUGGGACGCCAAAGGAGGAGAUGAUUCCCGGCCUGGGCGACGUCAAGGGGCCCUCCUUUAUGCGCAGCCAAAUUGAGGCGCUCUUUCAGCCUUCAGAUAACAAACUGGCGAUGAAGCUAUUCGGCAGCAAGAAGGCGCUCAUGGACGAACGAGCACGCCAAAAGGAGUCCGGUCUUUUCAUCAUCCAUCCUUGCAGUACAUUCAGGUUUUACUGGGACAUGUGCAUGCUUCUGCUGUUGGUGGCCAAUCUCAUCGUCCUGCCAGUGGCCAUUUCCUUCUUCAACGACGACCUCUCCACUCGGUGGAUUGCCUUCAACAUUCUCUCUGACACCAUCUUUUUGCUCGACAUCUUGGUGAACUUCCGAACAGGUAUCAUGAAUCCGGAUCUGCCCGAGCAGGUCAUACUCGAUCCGAAGUUGAUCGCCCGUGGAUACAUUCGCUCGUGGUUCUUCCUCGACCUGAUCAGCUCCAUACCGCUCGACUACAUCUUUCUGAUCUUCAACCAGGACAACUUUCAGUUCCUGCACGCCACUGGUCGAGCGCUGAGGAUACUGCGCUUCGCCAAGAUGCUCAGUUUGCUGCGGUUGCUGCGUCUGUCGCGCCUCGUGCGCUACGUUAGCACCUUGGAGAGUCAUUUCCUGAACAUGGCCAGCCUCUUUAUGAAAAUCUUCAACCUCAUCUGCAUGAUGCUGCUCAUCGGUCACUGGAGCGGCUGUCUUCAGUUUCUGGUCCCCAUGCUGCAGGGCUUCCCGCCCAACUCCUGGGUGGCCAUCAAUGAGCUGACGAACGCCGACUGGUUCGACCAGUACUCCUGGUCGCUGUUCAAGGCCAUGUCGCACAUGCUGUGCAUCGGCUACGGCCGCUUUCCCCCUCAGUCGCUGACGGACAUGUGGCUGACACUGCUGAGCAUGAUCUCCGGCGCCACCUGCUACGCCCUCUUCCUCGGCCACACCACCAAUUUGAUACAGUCGCUGGACAGCAGUCGUCGGCAGUACCGCGAGAAGCUCAAACAGGUGGAGGAGUACAUGGGCUACCGAAAGCUGCCGCGAGACCUGCGCAUCCGCAUCGGCGACUACUUUGAGCACCGCUACCAGGGCAAGUUCUUCAAUGAGGAGGUGAUUCUGGACGAGCUCUCGGAGCGCCUCCGUGAGGACGUCAUCAACUACAACUGUCGGGCGCUGGUCGCCUCGGUGCCCUUCUUCGCCAACGCCGACACGGACUUUGUGAACUCCAUCGUGACAAAGCUGAAGUACGAGGUUUACCAGCCAGGGGAUAUCAUCAUCAAGGAGGGCACCAUCGGCAAUAAGAUGUACUUCAUUCAGGAGGGCAUUGUCGACAUUGUCAUGAUCAACGGCGAGGUGGCAACCAGUCUCUCCGAUGGCUCCUACUUUGGAGAAAUCUGCCUGCUAACGAACGCACGUCGUGUCGCUUCUGUUCGCGCAGAAACCUACUGCAACCUCUUUUCGCUCUCAGUGGAGCACUUCAACUCGGUGCUGGAUAUGUACCCGCUGAUGCGGCGCACCAUGGAGUCGAUUGCCGCCGAGCGACUGAACAAGAUCGGCAAGAAUCCCUCCAUCGUCUGCAAUCGGGAGGACUUUCAGUCAGAGCUGAAGGCGGUCAGCGAGCUGCUGACGCUGUCGGCGCAGAGUCCCAGCGACGACAUCAAUCAGCAAACAAUCACCAAUCUUUGGCAAUCACUUCCAUCAGCCUGA